AUUGGUCUGAACAUCUCAACUCUAGAAGCUGGAAGAAACGAGCUAAAGACGAGCUGAUUCUGUUAAACCGAAGGGAAGAUUAACAGCAACACAAAAUGGCUGAUAAGUGUCUUGUGUGUCUUCUAGGACUAAUAACGCUCUACUCGCCUUUUACAGGGACCAGUGAAAUGGAUGACACUUAUGUGUUCUACAGUUCUGGUGAAAAUGUCCAUCUGCCCUGUAAAAAUGUUCUUUCUAAAUGUACAUCAACUACUUGGACCUACAGCAAACAAUCAAAUACAGUUGAACUGAUUGCUGGAGGAAUAAAGAAGAAAGACGUAGAGAGACAUGAGAGACUGAGUCUGGGCUCUAACUGCUCUCUAAACAUCCAGAAAAUCACAGAAGAAGAUAGUGGAUUUUACAGCUGCCGACAAUAUUUGAAUGGAGAACAAAAAGGAACCGAUGCACUUGUUUUUCUGCAUGUUCUUCAGGUCUCUUCAUCAUCCUCUCAGUCUGAGAUCAGUCCAGGCAGCUCUGUGACUCUUUUCUGUCAGUUGUUUUAUGAUCGAGUCUCUUGUGAUGUUUUGGUCCGUGCUGAAGGAGUUGAACUGAUCUGGGUGAAUGAGUCCGGUGUGAAUCUUCAGACAGACCCCAGAUAUAAGAUAUCAUUCUCCUCAAAACACUGUAAAAGCUCUCUGACUACAAGACUCCUGAGUGAAGAUCUCAACAGAGAGUGGACAUGUCUGCUUACUCAGAGAAAUGAAGUGAAGACCUCAGCCACAUAUAUUAUAAAGUAUUUAGGUGCAGAUAACACAACAUCAGAAAUUGAAGUCAGUAAGACUGCUGGAUUAUCCUUCAGAGUGAUUGUGAUUAUUGUUGAGGUUGCAGUGUUUGCUGCUCCUACUGUGAUUCUUCUUCAGAUCAUCUGUGCAAGAAGAGCUGAAAGAAGAAAGACUCAGACCACCCAGAGGAAACAAUGAUAUUAGAAAAGAAAAUACUCUUUUUUACAAACAACAUGAAAGAAAACAACCAAAUGAUAUUUUUAUAUAUGGAUAUGCUAAUUUUGGUCUGACAUGUUUCAAUAGAAUGAUUCUUAAAAUGCAUUAAUAGUUAACUAUACACAGCUCCAAACUCAAUGUACCUGUCCAUUGUUUCUCUAAAAACUGAUUUCUAAUAAAUCCAUCCGGAGACAUGUACCACA